UGGAGUGAUAAAGGAGAUCUUGAUGCUGGACUACCACAUGUUCCAGAUUCCAGUUUUUAGGUGUAUUUGGGCUAACAAAGGGAAUGGAGUGAAAGAGGAAGACGGUUUCACACUUGUCAAUCUCCAUAUGAACCAGUCAGCAUACUUAAAUGAUCCUUUCAUUUUGGCAUCGCAGGCUAAACAAGUUUUUUACUCUAGAGAAGAUGACAGCUCACCUUGGUAUGUUUGUAUGAGGGCGCCACCAAGAGGGUACCAUGAGCUAGAAACAGUAGAGGAGUUUGUUUCUGGACCAUUAUCAGUUCAGCCAAUUGAAGAUUUAGGAGAUCAAUCAUCUGACGACGAGAGUUUUUGUGUUAGGUCUGAUUGUGAAGGUGUUAUAGUAGAGGACUAAUUAAAACUUUAUUUUUGUUUCAGGUAAUCAAAAACAAUGAACCAAGUUACUGCAAUCCGUCGCAGUAAGCGCCAGGCAGGCCUUGAUGUCACUCCUGUAGUGUCAUUGAAGAAGAAGAAGAGAAACAAUAAGUCUAUCAUUGAAGAGAAUGAAAGAGACAAUGAAGAAGAGAGAAUAGAAGUGGCUACUGAAGGAGAUGAUGGUGUAGAGGAAGAAGAUAUUAAUGGAGAAGAAGAUAUUGAAGAACAAGAGAAUGGAGCAGAAGAUAAUGAAGAACAAGAUAAUGGUAUGUCUCAAGAGAAUGAAAGAGAGAAUGAAGUGGAAGAUCCAAUCCCUCCUUCCACAGCAGGUGCCUCUGAAACCCAGACAAACCAGUCAGACAACAAAAAGAGGAAGUCAAGAGGUCCAACUAGAAUGCGUAAAGUGGCAAAGAAUCUUGAGGAUAAGGUAGAAGUGGAGUUUAAUGCUCUUGGUGAGCAUGUUGGUAAGGGAUCAGUGACACUCUCCUCUUUCCUUGGUCCUCUAGUGAGAGAGCAUGUGCCUGUAUUGGUAGAUGAUUGGAGACAGCUUGAUCAAAGGACAAAAGACGUUAUGUGGGAAGAAAUUCAGGGGAGGUUCAAUUUAAAAGAAGAUUGGCAGAAAGAAGCAGUAUUUAGGCAAAUGGGUGGUCUGUGGAGGGCUGCCAAAUCCAAGCUUGUUACCAAAGUGAGAUCUGCUAAAAGCAAAGUUGCUCUACAGAAACUGAAGCCUAGCAACAUCCAAUGUACAUCAGCCUGAAACAGUUGGGUUAAGAACAAAUGCACAGCAGCUUUUAAGGUUAUUGUUUACACUCCUUUGAUUAAUUUCCU